UCUUUAGGGACAGCGGGUUUGGGACAGAAGAUUUGAAGGGUCGUCCCAUCCCCGUUGUGCUUCAAGGGCAAAAUUGUCAAUUGGGCGAUGCUUUGAUCUGGCUGGGCGAAAGCUUCUCUAGCAGAGUAUCUCUUUAGAUCGCAACUGCACCUGGAAAAGUCACACUAAUGAGGCAUGGCCAUGGCUGUGGCCUCACCCGUUACCGCCACCGCCUGCAGAAAAAUUCUCCUAACCCACUUUGCAUUUCGCAAGCUCCGCCAGCCGCCUACCACAAGAAGACUUGUUUCUUCAGUUCAGCCACGCCACCACUGCUAUCGUGCAGCAGCUACUGCUUCUUCCGCCGGCGCGGUUGAGCAAGAGGUUCAACUGAUCAGAAGCCCGGAACUCGUGGCACAGGAGUACGCUGACCUUAGUCUCGCCGACAAGUUUUCCGAGGAGUUGGGUCAUGUUCGAAUUCGGCAGCAUGUUAACCCUUUGCGCUCUACUUUCAUGGUGCCUGCUGAAGUGCCUGAUUGGAAUGAGGUAUACAAAGAUCCCACAUUGCCAUUGAUGGUGGAUAUAGGAUGUGGUAGUGGCAGAUUUCUCAUGUGGCUCGCCAAAAGAAAUCCUAGUUCCAAGAAUUAUCUUGGAUUGGAAAUAAGGCGGAAAUUGGCUGAACGAGCAAAUUAUUGGGCAAAUGACCUGGCUCUUAAUAAUGUACAUUUUGUCUUUGCAAAUGUGACAGUGUCAUUCAAACAACUAGUAUCAGCAUACCCUGGGCCGUUGAUGUUGGUAUCAAUCUUGUGCCCUGACCCACAUUUUAAGAAGAAGUAUCAUAAAAGGAGGGUUGUACAGAAGCCUUUGGUGGAGUCCAUUGUGGAUAUUUUAGCACCAGGAGGGCAGGUUUUUAUUCAAUCGGAUGUGCUAGAAUUGGCAAUAGACAUGAGAGAUCAAUUUGAUGCAAAGUCGAAUAAGCUUAUACAUGUUGACAAGAUCGACCCCAAUUUGUCAUGUGACAGUGAGGGAUGGUUGAUAAGUAAUCCAAUGGGUAUAAGAACAGAGAGAGAGAUCCAUGCAGAAUUUGAAGGUGCUAGAAUAUACAGGAGGAUGUAUAAAAAAUGCGUCCAACUUUCUAUGCCAAGUGCCGCAGAUCAGGAAUAACAGUUGGUAAUUUUUUAAGCCCGAAUUUUGGUAUCAGGGCUUCUCUGAGAAUCCUGGCCUGGUACCUGCUGCUUCUAUUUAAUGUGAACAGACUCUCCGGUCUGUUUUGCUGUACCCCUUCGGAGUACUUUCAGUGGACACAGAUCAGCUGCUUGAAAUUGAACGUGAGGCAUUGGACCCCAUUGCAAGAGAAUGUGGCCUAAGUAUAUUCAUCAGCUCCUCUGCGUUGGUUAGCCAUUGCAUCCUUGAGAAGGAAAGAAGCUCGCUUUAGUGCUGCAGUGGUUGCUGGAUCCCUGGUAGCCACUCGCGAGAGUAUGAAGGGGAGCUGUUCCGUCUACACGCAGAUUCACUGGCUUUGGAAGCAGAAGGUUUGCGAGUUUUAAUACCUUUCAAGUCUCAACUCCUUGCAAGGAAUCAAUUAGGCCACUAUAAAUACUUGAAAAAC